GAAUGAUCAGUAACAUCAGCUUUGAUUUUGAUCUGCCGAACCUUCAUGUUCACUUUAUUGCACCUGCAAACAGUGGUUGCGAGAUUUUCAUUUGCAAACGGUUAAGCACUGCAGAAGAUUGCCAUAGAAAAAAGACAGAGGCUGACGUAACUACCGCUGUUUUCAAGAAAAUCAAGCCGGCAGAAUUAUACUACAUGACUGGGACAUGCACGUUUCCACAAGGACGCGGACCACUAAGCCCAUGGAUCAAGAUAAUCACUCCGACAAAAACAAAAAGAACGACACCAAAAGAAAUAUCUUUACAGAGCAGUGGUAUCAAUGCGGAGCUGAAAGUCGAUGAAGGCCUAAAUGUAGAACUUAUAUGGGGCUUUUCAUUUUCGAAUGGUAGUAAAUUCCACGUACACUAUGUGAAGAAUGUAGAGCUUAUUGUUUACAGAAAACGCAGAUCGGAAUCAGAAUACGCGGCUGAGAAAACCAAAGAGAAAGGAGUUAACGGAAGGAUUAGAUUGGGGCUUUCUCCAUCAUAUACAUUCACAUUAGGGUGCUUUUUCUAUGCAAUGAACGCCACAUUUCUAGAUGAUACCAAGCUAUUUAUCAGUACUGAUGAAAUUUGCUAUACUAUGCUUUCCGCAAGUUUCCUCUUCACCUAUAUCUUAGCAGCUUUGCUGAUUGUACUUGCUCUGGUUGGAAUUGCAAUGAGUUCACGAAUGCCGCGAUAUGCUGGAGACAAAAGGGAUGAAACAUCAUCUAAGCGAAAGUCGCAGAAAGAACCAUCAUCUAAGCGAAAGUCGCAGAAAACAACAAACGCCCCUAAAAAACGUUAAUUUGAAAUUCCUUC